UGCUCAUACCCUCAUGACAGGGCUACAAAAAUGGACGAUCGUAGCUACAUCGCUUGAGGAGCUUAUUUUCAUUUCACCCAAAAAGUGUCGGGAGUGCCAAUCGACAUCGUCAAGAUCCUCCAAGGUCCCGUUCAAAAAGUCGAGCUCUUCGCACUGCAAUCAUCAUCGAAACCGAUCUCGUCUGUCUGCAUCUGUGUACUAUGCAUUACUCACGCAUACACGUUCUGGUGCAUACUACGUGCUUGAGUCCAUUCCGAGAUUUCUGUAUUCUCUCUCGAAUUUGAAGUGCGAGCAGGUAGAUAGAUACGUAGAUAGAUAGACAGACAGACCAAGAAUAUGAUUCAGAUGACAUUACGAAACCCAAUGGAGAAAUAAUUGCGCUGGAAUUCAAUCCCGAAACUAGUCCAGGGUCGUGGAUGAUGAUCCAUAGUCGAGUACGGAUUCCUCUGGAGAAGUGAACAUGAACUUGAUCAUGAAACCAAACAAAGACCGACGACCAAGUUGUGGACGAAAAACCGAGAAAUACCACGUUGAACGUUGAGUUGGGAACAAACGAUGAUUUGGGAAACAUUUCGAACCGGAAAUCGCGGUUCACCACCCACACAGAGACAAAAUCAAGACCCAAGACGAUCACAAAGUCACAACGACGACGACGACGACGGUUUUUUUGAGCCCGGCAAGAAACCAUCGCUUAAGUUCUUAUCUUGACUACUCAACACACGGUUUGAAUGAAUUUCAAAACGGACCAAAGAAAACGUCAACCCCAGGCCUAUGGAGUUUUCUUUGGUAAUGAACGCAGCAGAGAUCCAAUCAUCUCCAAAUUUGAGACCACGAUGAGAACGUCCGCCACCUCAACUUUCGUAUUGAAUGACUCCUUAAUUUCACAAUUGAUCGUCUCACAACAACAUUAUGGUUACCCCUAAGACGUCAGUAGUGAAUGAUUGUUUCAUAAGUGGAUUGUGGAGGUAGCUGAUGUUUGUUCGUCACGCUUAUCAGAUUCAUCACCCAAAGCACGCAGAAAGGCGCAAUUAGAUCGGGAUGCUGGCAUUUGAGGCAGGUAAUCAAUUCAGGCAAUGACAAUCCAGCCUCAGUUGAAGGGUUUCAUCCCAACAUGGGAUCCAAACUCAAAGCCUACACGUUAUUUGGGUUCACUCUGGUGGUCACGACCUUGGCCAUUUUGGGCGUGGUCACGGGGCUGAUCCUGACGGAAAAUCGAGGACCAGGCCCUUGGCCUCAAGUCAACCACUUCCAGACGGUUUGGUAUUGCUUAGUUUUGUCGUUCGUGGCCAUUCAAUCGAUCAUUAUCCAAGCCACACCUGAUAUCAUCGACUCAGGGCCUUCCAAGGCCUGGAUUCUCCUGGACAAUGUCUACUAUGGAUUCAUUCUGGUGCUCUCUCUCAUUCACUGCAUCUCCUGGGCGGUCUUUGGACGGGCAGAUCUGGCCAUCAUAUCAGCCUUCACCAUCCUUCUGGCCGCAUCCAAUGCCUUCCUCCAAAGUUUCCGCUUUCACCAAGCCACAUUGGCUCGACCCGACAACAGAUUAAAACCCGAUUCAUCGAGAUCCAUCGUGGCCAUGGUGGCCCUGGGACUGAAUUCGACGUUAAAGGCCUUGUUCUUGGUGAUAUGUGUCCUCUUGUCGCUUGGAUCCAUUGUUCACUCGCUUGGAUUGGCACAAUAUCCAAUCAUACCGGGAAAGUAUCUCACGUAUUCUUUGGACGAGGCUCACACGCAGACAAUCUAUUAUCGGUGCGAAGGCAACACCACCGAUCUGCCUCCGAUCAUUUUUGAAAGCGAUGGUUCUCAUGGUUUGGGCGAUUGGUUGGGAAUCCUGAACGCCAUGGAGGGACGCCAUCGGAUUUGCGUUUGGGACAAACCCGGACUCGGUUUCUCGGAUUACAUGCGUUUUGAUCAAGAGCAACCCAUACAAUUCUAUCAUGAGCUCAUUCAGGCCUUGGCCAGACAAGAACCGGAGUUUGCGCCUCCUUAUGCUUUCGUUGGGUGGGGAGGAGGAUUGAAUGUGAUCUACCAGUAUGCCUUGGACCAUCCUGAGAAUGUUCAUUCUUUGAUCAAUUUGGACGGGGCACUUGAAGGGGUCGAGUUCCGCUUGCCAGCCAUCAUCAAUAACUUGACCGAAACCCAAGCUCAAGAGCAGUUUGAAGCCGAUAUGAGAGGCCGCUUUCAAACAUUUUCCCUCAUCAAUGGACUCGGGAUUCCAUUUGGAUUGGUCCAAUUCUUUAUUUCCAAAUUGCCAGUAAACGAUCAAUGGCCUCCACGUCAAGUUGAGGAACAAGCCUGGUAUUUUGGAACGGAGAAAACCUGGAUCACUCAAUAUUGGUUCGCUCGGCAGAUUUCUCGGACUCCGCCCAGCAUUUUCGAGCAAAGCAUAAGGGCUCCGGUCCAUAUCAUCUUGACCCACCAAUCUGAGGAACAAGUGGAUACCUUGGUUUGUCAACCCCGGAAUUUGACUUUGGAAGCGUGUCAAUUCGAGAAGGAUUACAACCGAAUGAUUUACGAGGAAAAAUUGGCCUAUUUCCCUCAAAAUGGAGGCCACACCGUGGAGUGCACAAUGGACGAGUGUAAUCUGGGAUUUUACGUAUUUACCAAUUCUUCUUACACGGUCCAAACGGUUUUGGAUCUCCUGCAAUGAAAUCUACAGCGAAGCACUUUCUUAAACAUGUGCCAUCUUGAGGGAAUAAAUACACAGGCUGUUCUAUAAGAACUAUGUAA